UACCAGGACCUCCGAGGAGCAGACGGAGAGUGAUCCGGGCUGUGCUGUUGUUUCUCCGGCCCCCUUUCUCACACUUUUUCCGGGUUUGGCAGUUCUCUUAAAAGCUUCUCAUCUCUUCACUUCAGACAGACUUUUCACAGAGGGACUCAAACAUGGAGAUAGAGAAGGAAGUAAAGAAGAUGACCCUCGGACACGAGUUUGGCGCCGGAGCGGCCUGUUUGAAAUGCAAAGACAAGUGCGAAGGCUUCGAGCUUCACUUCUGGAGAAAAAUCUGCCGAAACUGUAAAUGUGGCCUCACGGAGCACAACGUGCAGAUGUGCUCGGAGGAGAACAAGAAGGUGGGGAAGCUGUUCGAGGACACCAAGUACACCGGCCUCAUCGCCAAGCUGAAGACGGACGGCAUCCCCAGCUACAAAGGCAACAUGGUGACCAUCACUCUGCCCAGCUCCGGCACCGCCUACGUUGUGCCGCCGAGCGCCGCUUCCUCCACUAUGGUGCCUCCCGCCGCCACCGCUGGUUCUGUGCAGCCUGCAGGCUCGGCAGCCAGCGGCGCUCAGCCUCAGGGUCAGGGUUACCGUCAGGGUCAGGGUCAGGGUUACCCUCAGGGUCAGGGUCAGGGUUACCCUCAGGGUCAGGGUCAGGGUUACCCUCAGGGUCAGGGUCAGUCCGGACCAGCCGGCCUCACACCUUCGAAGGUUAACAAAGGGCCGGUUGCUGUCGGCGCCACACCAGCCCAUCUGGUGCCAGUCUCCAAAGAUGUGCCAAUGAAGUCCGUCACCUAUGAGUGGGCGCCACCAGUGGCCAAUAAGUAUCUGGCGGUGCGUUACAUCGAGCUGCUCCCACCGGAGAAGCGACCGGUGGCCGGUACCGAGGGAGCCGCUUACCGCCGGCAGCAGAUGGCCCGCCAGCUGCCCGAGCACGACCAGGACCCGUCCAAGUGCCACGAGCUGAGCCCGGCCGAGGUCAAGCAGAUGCAGCAGUUCGUCCGCAAGUACAAGGACGAGGCCCUGGGGGUCGGAGACGUCAUGCUGCCUGAGGAGAUGGCUCUGGCUCAUGCUGGUGGACCGGGAGGAGCCGGCGUCGGGGCUGGAGCUGCGUUUGGUGCCGGAGGGGCUGGGUAUGGACCGGGAGCUGGGGGUGCCAUGGCUGGAGCUGGUGCUGGUGCUGGUUCUGGACCAGGGGCUGCAGGCGCUGGUGUCGGGCCUAUGGCUGGAGCUGGGGCUGGAGGUGGAGGUGUUGGUGGCUUCGGACCCGGAGCAGCGGGUAGAGGAGCUGGAGCUGGAGCUGGUGGUGCUGGACCAGCUUCAGGGACUGGGACCGGACCGUCUGCUGGCUUCGGACCAGCUGGAGGAGCCUUGGGUACCACUGCCACUGCUGGAGCCAUGGGGGUCCCUGGAGCUCAGCAAGCCGGACUACCACAACAGGCCUUCUCGUGCCAUCACUGCCAGCAGCCGAUGCGUCUGGGCGAGCCAGCCGUCUACGCCGAGCGGGCCGGCUACGACAAGAUGUGGCAUCCAGCGUGCUUCGUGUGCUGCACCUGCAACGAGCUGCUGGUGGACAUGAUCUACUUCUUGAAGAAAGGAAAGCUUUUCUGUGGACGCCACUACGGAGACAGCGAGAAGCCGCGCUGUGGAGGCUGUGAUGAGCUGAUCUUCAGUAACGAGUACACUCAGGCUGAGGGCCAGAACUGGCAUCUGAAGCACUUCUGCUGUUUCGAGUGCGACUGCAUCCUCGCCGGAGAGACGUACGUCAUGGAGAACGACAAGCCGGUCUGCCAGCCGUGCUACAUGAAGAGCUACGCUGUGAAAUGCGCCGCCUGCAAGAAUCCGGUGGAGCCCGAGGCCCAGCGGGUUUCCUACGGCGAGUACCACUGGCACGCCGAGCCGGAGUGCUUCAAGUGCUCCGGCUGCUCCAAGUGCCUGGUGGGCCAGCGCUUCAUGGCCGUGCAGGGCUUCCUGUUCUGCUCCGUGGAGUGCAAGAAGAAAACCGUGGCGUAAAGAGGGGCCAGAACAACUACCUGCCAUCUUCUCCAAAACCACUUGUGAAACCAGGAUGGGGUUCAGCUGAAAGCAGAACCAGAGCAGGGAAAAAAACAAACACUGGUGCAGGGAUGGAUUUUGGUUGUUGACAUAAAGUGCCUGACACAUCUGAUACAGAAAUGUACAGAAAUAGUGAGUCCAUUCAAAUUUGAGUGCUUUUUUUCUUUCUGUCCAUAACAUAAUCAGAUCACAGUAUUGAUAAAUCUGUCAAAAACAUCUACUUUCCAGUUUAUCAGCCUUCAAAUCAUUCCUCUUCUUUCAACAAGUACAUUUUGUGUCACUUUCUUGCACUGUUUUUCUUACUGAUGAGAUUAUUUUUGUUUUGGUCAGAGGUUGCAAUCCAGUUUUUUUUGUGUCUAAUGGUAUUACUUCUGUUCUACUCCUCUAGAACCUACUGUUGAUUUAAUAUGCCAACUUUAUAAAAAAAAAAAAAAAAAAAA